CAUCCGAUUCAGUCGUUAGCGGUGAUCUAUCUGGUGAACAACGAGUAUCAGCAGCAGAAGAGUUCAGCAUGGAUAACAUUGAUGAAGACCUGACCCCCGAGCAGAUUGCCGUUCUGCAGAAGGCAUUCAACAGCUUUGACCACCAAAAGACCGGCAGCAUCCCCACCGAAAUGGUGGCCGACAUCCUGCGCCUCAUGGGCCAGCCCUUCGACAGGCAGAUUCUCGACGAGCUGAUCAAUGAGGUCGACGAGGACAAAUCCGGCCGCUUGGAGUUCGAGGAGUUCGUGCAGCUGGCCGCCAAAUUCAUCGUCGAGGAGGAUGACGAGGCCAUGCAGAAGGAACUGCGUGAGGCCUUCCGUCUAUACGACAAGCAGGGCAAUGGCUACAUUCCCACCUCCUGUCUGAAGGAGAUCCUGAAGGAGCUCGACGAUCAGCUGACCGACACGGAACUGAACAUGAUGAUUGAGGAAAUCGAUUCUGAUGGCUCCGGCACCGUGGACUUUGAUGAAUUCAUGGAGAUGAUGACUGGCGAAUAAGUCUCCACUCUUGGACACACACACAUCUGAUGGCAUUGAUGGCAGAAUUCAAUUCCCUCCCCGCACGAACUCUGAGGCUUGAAUAAACAUUUUCUAUUUUCUAUUUUUUA